AUGCUUGCCAGAGGCCUGCCCAACUACCCCGGUCCCUUCCGAGUCGCUGUCCAAGAUGUCGAGACCGAUCCUGUCGCCGUCGAGGGUGAAUCGGGCUCGCCAGGCGAGCUCGCUCCUGGUCUGCUCUUCCGCAUCUACUACCCCACCGACGACCUUCCCGAGCCCGGCCAUCCCGAGCCUGUCCAGGCUUCGUGGCUGCCGGAGGGCCGACAGAACAUCUAUGCCAAAGCCAUGGCGACCUUCUUGAAGCUGCCCAGCGUGCUGGGGUCGCUGGUGAUCUAUCCGACUCUCUGCUCUGUCAAGAUGCCUGGGAUUCUUGAUCAACCGCUGCUCCACAAGCUCGCCCGCGAGACCAAGGCACCGGACACCCAGUUCGGAUCCAAGCCCGAAUCCCAAGCGGAGUCCGAGGCCACUGCCAAUACCACUCUCAAUGCCACUCUCAAUUCCAAUGCCACUGCCAAGACUGAGACCGAGGCUACAUCCCAAUCGGUUUCGGCUGCCCUGGCUCGGUUCCCGGUCUGCAUCUUUGCCCACGGCCUGGGCGGCACCCGAACAAUGUACUCGCAUUACUGCGGCAUCCUGGCCUCGCAUGGCAUCGUUACCUUUGCCAUCGAGUUCGGUGACCAGAGCGCCCUCGUUUCCUAUCGGACCAAGACCCCGGCCUCGGUCGUCGAGGCUCGGCUGCUGACCCCGGACUCUUUCUCGACGCCCGUCGCACCUCCGCCAUCGAGCUCGUCCUCGUCCUCGUCCUCGUCGCUGCCGCCCAUCACUGCCUUGAUCCCGUACUUUGAGUACUGGAAGGCCAAGCCUCCAGCAGGCGUCGACGGCGACCAGUUCCUCCUUGGGAAGCGCAAGGUGCAAAUGUCCCGCAAGCACGAGGAGAUCGAGCGGCUGGUCCAGUGGAUCCAGGACCUCCACCAAGGCACCAAGUCGGCUGGGACCUCGGAGCCAGCAUCAGCCCCGUCGCUGGCACCAUCGGCCACCUCGUCGUCGUCGUCGUCCUGGAUGCACUGGCUUUCCAACGGCUCGUCCAAGAAAGAGAGCCCAAAGCGGCCCGGCGAUUCGCUCGACGAGAUCCGCAAGCGAUUCCGGCAGCGGUUGGACUUGGACAACUUUAUCCUGGCUGGGCACUCCUUUGGCGCUGCCACCGUCAUCAAGCACCUCCAAGGCAAGAGCUCCCAAAAGUUCCGAUGCGCCAUCAUCCAUGAUCCCUGGAUGCUUGCUGUCGACAAUCUGCCUGUGGACAGCACCGUUCCGCUCCUGUCGAUUCAGUCCGAGACCUUCCACUGGCGAUCCAACAUCACGGCUCUGCAAGCGAUUUUCGAAAAGGCCAAUGCAUCGUCUCUGUUCGCCGUCAUCCUCCAGACAGCGCAUCAGAACCUCUCGGACCUGCCGCUGAUGUUCCCGUCCCUUUUGCGCAAGGUCAAGAUGGCCGGCUCGGCGGACGAGCUGCAGGUCAUGAAGGACUACGAAGGGCUCACGAUUACAUGGCUCAGCCAGGUGCUCGGCGCCGUCCGCGACGUCGAUUUGCCCGUGAGCACCAACUACAACGGGCUCGAGGAUCCGAGCCAUGUUCAGAGCGGUGUCUUGGUUGGACAGAAGGCGAUCGACUGCAUAUACAAGUACAUUGAGGAGCAAGAGCAAGAGCAAAAGAGCUCCAACAAGAGCAACUAG